CUCGUGGCUUCAGUUUUGAUAGACCACUCGGGCUACGCCCUCGUGCCCUAUCAAAACUGGCCACUCGUGUAACCACGCGCCGCCAUCGUAUAACCUAUGCGUGUACACUGCGGUUGUAUUUGGCAAAUGACUUUUUGCAAACCUUCUAAGCGCUUCCGCACACUUACGUUGCUGAACGAGCCACUCCCUUAGCGCGGAAGGUAGGGUGCAGUCGACGCCGCCAUGCCAGCGCUAGUGACAUGCCGAGGAACGUCGCUUGAGACGCAGUGGAACGUCGGCAGCGAUGAUUUUGUCCUUUCGGCCAUCGUAAUAGUCGCCCUCUCACUCCUCAGCUCCAUAUUAGUGAUGGCAGCUCUGGCGGCUCUCUACCUCUCUCCUGGAUGCCCUAACGACCAGGGGUCUCCCCCCUCUUCUCUACUGGUCACUCUUUCUGCUGGUGGCAGUAGAAAUAGGUAUAGUCAUUGAUGAGGCACUAAUCAUGUCCAUAAGCUACCGAGGUCGCAUAUGGGAAACAGCAAAGAGAGACUCACAAAUCCCAAAGUAUAUCUACGUGCGUCUGGUUCUAAUGGUCCUGGAGUUCUCUCCGUCAUCUCGUGCUCUGUGGCUACCUUUGACCCGAAUCUGAUUGAGCCGCUCGACUGCAGCUCGUAUCGUGUCGCUGUAGCACUCGCCACGGUGUCGUGUGUGGUUGUUCUGCUAAAGUUUCUCGGUUCGACAGUCAGACUUCUUCUCUUCCUGGAUCCCUGUGGGUUGUUCACGCCAGGCCUUCUCCAACACCUCAGCUUCCUCGAUACGGCCGACGAUGUCGGAGAACUGCCACAGCCACCCCAGUCCCCUUCCUACUUUCCACAGUUUCUCCGGUUCAAAAGGCCAUCGUCUGCUAGAAGAGAGAGUCAACUACAGCUGUCUCCAGUCCAAUCCCCCACUUCACCUGAAGCGAGACUCAGUCGCAAACAGAGAAGAACCCCAAAUGUGGUUCGUUUCUGGCAGCGCCAGGUGAGCAUCACCCAGACUGUCCGCGGCGGGUAUACCCUCGACGAAAUCAGCCAACAGGCAUCACGUUUCCGCACAAACUACAUUGGACUCCGGAGAAUCCAGCAUCGACUACGCGUCUUCUUGUGCUGUCUCAGAGUCGGAGGUCAAGGAUCGAGGGGUCUGCCUUUGGGUGAUGUUGCUCGGGCACUGUACACCCUGUUUGACUUUGACGAGGGGGAGGAGGGAGGGGAGAGGGUGAGGCUGGUGUUGAGUGACGUGAUAGCUGGGUUCAAGUUGGUCAGUCAGUAUCAGCGGGGCAAGACCAACAGACUGGCAGAGGGAGAGAGACUUGAAGACAAGUUCAGGAAGGUGACGUUUGAUCGAAUGCCAGUCAACCAGAAACCUCACUACGUCUACAAGCCUGCUCGUCCUUUCGACCAUGAUAAACCCGAGAAUCAUCUGCUGAUGGACAACAUGAUCCACUUCAUGCAGCACUCUAUGGGGAUGUAUGGCUGGCCUCUUCACAUCUUCUCUAACUUGACCUGUGGCCUCUGCCAACUAGCCUCCAGAACAUGCUAUCCUCUUGCAGUGUACUCAAGAAAAUUCACAACUUCAGUGGUCCUUGGGAACGACUUAGUACCAAGGAUGUCAUUUCGCUCUCUGCUUUAUCUGAAGCAGUCACUAAAACACCUUCUGCAGCACUGUGAUAAGCCAAAGUUCAACGUGCUGUUCCUACCUAAGUGGUGCAGUGGUAUAGGUGGAGGUGGUAGUUGUGCCACUCCAUGGAGGAGCUUGUCUACCACCUGUCAUCUUCCUGAGGGGUUUGAGAGUCUGAUAGUUGGAGAGAACACCACUGGAGAGAGCCUUCAGAAUGCAGUGUUCCCACCAACACACAUCCUCCUCCCCAGCAGCACCCCAGCUCCCAGCAGCACCCCAGCUCCCAGUGUCAGCAGAAGCCGUCGGGUGUCCAUGGACCUCCCGGACAACCCAGAUGUGUUUGAACGAGAGAUCACGGGGCACGUCAAGAACAUGUGUGGUCAGUUUAUGCCCACAUUUCCUCCGGGAAAGAUCUUCCAUCUCAAAGUCAACAAGACUGCCUCUCCCUGUUGCUUUGGGUAUUUCUACCCGAACCAGCUGGAGAUGGAGAGGGUGAGAAACGAGGACCUGUGUAUGAUAAUCAUAGACAGAGGAGCCAUGGAGGACCACCUCCCCAACCACGUCCUGGCCGCUCUGCAGAGGUUCAAGAGACAGGCUCUGGGCCAGAGCUACAGGGAGGCAGAGGUGGAGAGACUGCGAGAAGAGGCCUGGAGAGAGAUGAACCAGAAGAGGAAGGCUAGAGCACUCAGCAGUGCAAGAGAGGGCUGGGUGUUUCCCACUACCACUGCUGGUAGAGAUCCCAACACCACUACUACAUCCACCAGCUCCCCUCAGAGCAGCUCCUCCACUGUCUACAGUACACCAGACACUGCCAGUCACUGGUCCAGACAACCCACCGACACCCCCUACACUGCCAGUCUCCCUGCUAUCGAUGAAACCAACGGCCACCACCAGGGAAGAUGUCGUAGUGCAAGACUCAGCAACUGGAGGAGACUCAGCGAUGGAGUCCUUCGUCGUCUGUCUCGCGGUCACCACGGACUGGCGGGAGAGAGGGUGGUGACUGUCCUGCCUCGCAGGGGAACCAAACUCAAGAUCAUCAUUCCAACUUCGGCCGAUAGUAGUGUCAUGUGAUGUACUGCACCGAUGUGGCAAACAAUGCUUUUUUGCAGGUUAGCAGCAUU